CCUUUGACGAUCUACACUUUUAAAAGCUACCAAUUCUUGAGAAAAAGAAAUCAGAAUCAAGAAAAGGAGAGAGAGAUGGGAAGAGGGAGAGUGGAAAUGAAGAGGAUAGAGAACAAGAUCAAUAGACAAGUGACCUUCUCAAAAAGAAGGAACGGUUUGCUGAAGAAAGCUUAUGAGCUUUCUGUUCUCUGUGAUGCUGAAGUUGCUCUCAUCAUCUUCUCAAGCCGUGGCAAGCUCUACGAGUUCGGUAGUCUUGGAAUUUCAAGAACAAUCGAACGGUAUAAUCGUUGUUACAACUGUUCUCUGGGAAAUAAUAAGCCUGAAGAGACUACACAGAGUUGGUGUCAGGAGGUGACGAAGCUUAAAUCCAAAUACGAAUCUCUUGUUCGCACUAAUAGGAAUUUGCUUGGAGAAGAUCUUGGAGAAAUGGGUGUGAAGGAACUGCAAGCGCUCGAGAGGCAACUCGAAGCUGCUCUUACCGCUACUCGACAGCGGAAGACACAAGUUAUGAUGGAAGAAAUGGAAGAUCUUAGGAAAAAGGAGAGACAACUAGGAGACAUAAACAAACAACUCAAGAUUAAGUUUGAGAGCGAAGGCUAUGCUUUCAAAACGUUUCAAGAAUUAUGGGCAAACUCGGGUGCAUCGGUGGGGGCUGUUCCUAACAAUUCCGAAUUCCCGGUUGAGACAUCUCAUCCAAAUUCAAUGGAUUGCAACACCGAACCCUUUUUACAAAUAGGGUUUCAACAACAUUACUACGUGCAAGGUGAAGGGUCUUCGGUAACAAAGAGCAAUGUGGCAAGUGAGACCAAUCUCGUCCAAGGAUGGGUUCUUUGAGUCUCAGUUGACUAGACCAUGAUGCCACGCCCCACGCUCAGGCCAAUAUAUUUCAGCUCUGCAGUUGUUUUUUAUACAAUUUUCUUAUUAAAAACAAAAAACAAACUUAUGUAUGUUUACUAAAUUGUUUCAUUUAAUUUCCAGCAGUCAUUUGAAUCUA